UGAUCACGUGAAGCAUUUCGCGCGAAAAAUCAGUCUUCCCGGCAAAAACUAGUCUACAGACGUGUUGCUGUUCAGAACAGACGUGAGAAGAUGGCGGAUUCAUCAGAGUCGUUUCACAUGGCCACCAGCCCCAGUCGCGGCUCACGGCGGGGUGACCUGACCUCCAGCCCCGGCAGAGACCUGCCCCCGUUUGAGGACGAGUCCGAGGGGCUUCUUGGAGACAAUAUUGCUGAUGAGGAGGACGGAGACGGAGAGGAGCUGAUUGGAGAUGGGAUGGAGAGAGACUACCGCGCCAUCCCAGAACUGGACCGUUAUGAAGCGGAGGGUCUGGAUGAGGAUGAAGACCUCAGUGAGCUUUCUCCCAGCGCUCGGGCGGAAGCAGAAGCGGCUAUGAGACGGCGCGACAGAGAACAGGGUCUUGGUAUGGGCCGCAUCGGACGCGGACUUCUUUACGAUAGUGAAGAUGAGGAUGACAAACGACCCACAAAGAGGCAGCGGGUUCUUGCGGAGAGGGCAGCCGAGGGCGUCGGUAUUGAUGGCGAGGAUGAGGAGAUGAUCGAAAGCAUUGAGAACCUGGAGGACAUGAAGGGCCACACGGUCAGAGAGUGGGUUUCAAUGGCCGCCCCGCGAUUGGAAAUCUACCACCGCUUCAAGAACUUCCUGCGCACUCAUGUGGACGAGCACGGACACAACGUCUUCAAAGAGCGCAUUAGCGACAUGUGCAAAGAGAAUAAGGAGAGUUUGCUGGUGAACUAUGAAGAACUGGCAUCUAGGGAGCAUGUGCUGGCGUAUUUUCUGCCGGAGGCUCCUGCUGAGAUGCUGAAGAUCUUCGACGAAGCUGCCAAAGAAGUGGUGCUUGCAAUGUACCCCAAAUACGACAGAAUUGCGCAUGAAAUCCAUGUUCGCAUCGGCAACCUGCCACUUGUGGAAGAACUUCGAUCGCUCAGGCAGCUUCACCUGAACCAGUUGAUCCGCACCAGCGGUGUUGUGACCAGUUGCACUGGAGUUCUGCCGCAGCUUGGUAUGGUGAAAUACAACUGUAACAAGUGUAACUUCAUCUUGGGACCCUUCUUCCAGUCCCAGAACCAGGAGGUGAAGCCUGGCUCCUGUCCCGAGUGUCAGUCGCUCGGCCCGUUCGAGAUCAACAUGGAACAGACCGUGUACCAGAACUACCAGCGUAUCACCAUUCAGGAGAGUCCUGGCAAAGUGGCGGCGGGCCGCCUGCCUCGCUCCAAAGACGCCAUCCUGCUGGCAGACUUGGUGGACACCUGCAAACCCGGAGAUGAGAUUGAGCUCACAGGAAUCUAUCACAACAACUACGACGGCUCUCUCAACAUGGCUAACGGCUUCCCAGUCUUCGCUACCGUAAUCCUGGCCAAUCACAUCGCCCGUAAGGAUGAGGGUGUGGCCGUGGCGGAGCUCACCGAUGAAGACGUCAAAGCCAUCGUGGCUCUGUCCAAAGACGAGCGGAUCGGAGAGCGGAUUUUCGCAAGUAUUGGUCCUUCCAUCUACGGACAUGAGGAUAUCAAACGUGGUCUGGCGCUUGCUCUCUUUGGUGGCGAAGCCAAGAAUCCAGGUGGGAAGCACAAGGUGCGUGGUGAUAUUAACGUUCUCCUAUGUGGAGACCCAGGCACAGCCAAAUCCCAGUUUCUAAAGUACGUCGAGAAGGUUGCAAGCCGUGCAGUCUUCACUACAGGGCAGGGUGCUUCCGCCGUGGGUCUGACGGCUUACGUGCAACGCCAUCCCGUGAGUCGAGAGUGGACGUUGGAGGCGGGAGCUUUGGUGUUGGCGGAUCGAGGAGUUUGCCUCAUUGAUGAGUUUGACAAGAUGAACGAUCAGGACCGAACCAGCAUCCAUGAGGCAAUGGAGCAGCAGAGCAUCUCCAUUUCCAAAGCUGGGAUUGUCACAUCGCUGCAAGCUCGCUGCACUGUCAUCGCUGCCGCCAAUCCUAUCGGUGGGCGUUACGACCCGUCUCUCACGUUCUCGGAAAACGUGGACCUGACGGAGCCCAUCAUUUCUCGAUUUGACGUUCUGUGCGUCGUAAGAGACACCGUCGACCCUGUGCAGGAUGAGAUGCUGGCUCGCUUCGUGGUGGGCAGCCACAUCAAACAUCACCCGAGCAACAAAGAAGGGGGCGUGGCCGGUCUAGAGGAGGUGGUGUUGCCGAACACCUUCGAUGUCCCGACCAUCCCUCAGGAGCUGCUCAGGAAGUACAUCAUAUAUGCCAAAGAGCGUGUGCGACCGAAACUCAAUCAGAUGGACCAGGACAAGGUGGCCCGAAUUUACAGCGACCUUCGAAAAGAGUCCAUGGCUACGGGAAGUAUCCCAAUUACCGUGCGUCACAUAGAGUCCAUGAUCCGCAUGGCCGAGGCGCACGCCCGCAUGCAUCUGCGGGAUUACGUCCUGGAGGACGACGUGAACAUGGCCAUCCGUGUCAUGCUAGAAAGCUUCAUUGACACGCAGAAGUUCAGCGUGAUGAGGAGCAUGCGCAAGACAUUUGCACGGUAUCUGGCCUUCAGACGGGACAACAACGAGUUGUUGCUCUUCGUCUUGAAGCAGCUGGUUUCUGAGCAGGUUGCAUAUCAGCGCAACCGUUAUGGAGCCCAGCAGGACACCAUCGAGAUUCCUGAGAAGGAUCUGGUGGACAAGGCCCGACAGAUUAACAUCCACAACCUAUCUGCGUUUUACGACAGCGACCUAUUCCGCUCAAACAAAUUCUCCCACGACGCCAAGAAAAAGCUUGUCGUACAGCAGUUCUAGGCAUUCAUUCUGGAUUUGUUCUUGAGGAGUUGCGUUGAGUAUCUUGGACUUGUAAAUAUUCCGUCAUGUGGUUGUUGGACCAACCGUUAUGUGGAUUGAAUAUUGUUUUUGGUCCUUUCAUGAAUUUGUUACCGUAGUCGUUACGGUUGUAAGUGAUCCGCUUUGCUCAUGUGGUCUUAUUGGCUGCGUGAGCCAAGAUGUCGUUCUUGAACUUUCUAUAGUGUCAGUUUUGCAUUUAAGUACUGCAUUUAAGUUUGUAAUGUAAAAAAAAUAAAACUUUUGUACUAUGUUCUGAAUAAUAAAUCUUAAGCUGUGUAUGUACUUGACUGUUUUGAGUUAUUAUAGUAGUGUAAUCUCAACUUGAAGAAGCUUGUUUGCACCCCAAAUAAAGAAACUUAAUUGCGA